AUGAGCACGGAAUCUGAAUUAGAGGCCAAAUAUCACGCCGCCGUCCAGCUUUUUAAAGCCGCUGAACAGGCUGAGGCAACUGCUAAGAAGGAAAGAGAUGAGAAAUGGGCUUUAUUAGGGGAAACACAGGAGGGCACCAAAGAGUAUUAUAUCGCACUUGCAGAGUGCUGGAAUGCAGAAGUGGCUCUUAUUGAAAUCGUUGAACAAAGAUAUGCUGCUGAGUUUAAGAGAGAUUUGUGCUGCACAGAUUGCAUCCAAUACAAGUACGGAACUGACUCGAAGGAAGGGCAAAUAGCCGAGUACCGCGCAGAGUUGUCUCGCACAGUGGAGUUUGUUUAUAGUGAUAGCUCUCCAUAUUGGACACAAUGGGGCAAGUUGAGUACCAAAGCUGAGUGUGUCUGGUAUCAGCUUAAGGCAGAAGGUUAUGACAACAUUACAGGUACGCUGGAAAGGGCAAAAUAUGUAUUUCUUGAUCGUAUGAAAAACGAAUCCAAUGGUGAAGCCUUUCGCAAUGCUCGGAAUGCAGCCGUAGUGGCGUUGAAUAAAUGGGAGCAAGAAGACGAUCGUGCAACCUGGGAUAAGGCACAACGAAGAUAUUCUGCUGAACUAGCCAAGUGGAAUGAGUUCAUACCCAAAGGCGAUCAAUAUGCGGAAGAAUUGGAGGAGAAGACUAAUUUGUGCAUCAAAGGUUUUGCGCCGAUAUCGGACUUGUUUUGUGAGCACAUUGGUAAAAGUAUUGCUGAGUUGCAGGAGCAAGCCAAACAAGAUCCGCACUCUGCUAAAGAUUUAGAAUUGCUAAAGAAGUAUGAUGCUGCAGCCAAGAUUUGCCAAGCCGCUGAACAAGCUGAAGCAGCUGCUGAGAAGGAGAGGGAUGAGAAACGGGCUUUAGCAAAAAAAACACAGAGGGGCACCAAAGAGUAUUAUCUCGCUUGGACAGAAAAACACAAGGCAGAAAUGGUUUUUAUUGAAAAGGGUGAACAAAGAUAUGCUGCUGAGUAUAAGAGAGAUUUGUGCUACACACAAUGGAUGAAACACAAACACGGAGCUGACUCCAAGGAAGCGCGAAUAGCUCAGCAUCGCGCAGAGUUGUCUUGCACAAAAGAGUUUGUUUAUAUUGAUGACUCUCCAUAUUGGACAAAAUGGGGCAAGUUGUACCACAACGUUUGGUGGGUGUGGAAUCAGCUCAAAGCAGAAGGUUAUGAAAACGUUGCAGCUGAGCUUGAAAGGCAAGUAGAACUGUUUUGUAAUCGUAUAAAAGCCAAUGGUGAACCUCUUUGCAAAGCUCGCAAUGCGGCUUUUGCAGCAUUGAAUAGAUGGGAAAAAGAGAAUGAUCGUGCAGCCUGGGAUAAGGCAAAACCAAAGUACUAUGCCGAAUGGGAAACGUGGAAUGCGUUCAAACCAAAAGGAGAACAAUAUGCGGAAACCUUGCAUGAUGAAAUAUGUAAAUGUGUGAAUAACUCCUUAACAGUGUACGCUAUUGUAAAUAAGUGUGAGAUAAGUGCAUUGAAGGAUGAACUUGGUAGGAAAAGUAAAACGUUUGAUGCUCUGGAGAAUGAACUUGGCGAGAAGAGUCAAGAGAUUGAUGCAUUGAGGAAUGCACUAUACCAAAGGGGUCACGAAAUUGGUUCAUUGAAGGACGAGUUGCUUGGUAGAAUAAGUGCACUAGAGGCGACAGUUGGGGAAAUGCACACACGUAUCCAGUCGCUAAUCCACAUGAACCAAUCAUCGAUCAAUUCGCAAUGA